AUAAGUUCCUCAAACACAAUGAAGCUCUAAGUGUAUCUUAUACUAAAUAUUCUUCUUCUCCUCUCAAGAAGAACGGAAGGCUCAAUUCCACUGCAAAGCUAAGCCUUUUUUGAGGGCAAGACAAAAAACGAAAGGAGCAGUCAACAUCUUCAUUCUGUGUCAUCUUCUUCUUGGAGAUGAGAGCUGAGAGCCCCCCAUACACCGAUGUCACAGUGAGCGAGUGACGAAAAUGUCCCUCGCCUUGUACCCCCGCUUCCACAGCCCUUCCCCUUGUACGCAUUCUUCCUCCUACUCCUUCCCCUCUUCCCCCAAACUCCAUUUCCUCACCACCUUCCCGCGACCUUCCACCACCGCCGUCUCCGUCCGCGCCAAGCCCAAAGAACUCAUCCUCGGCAACCCUUCUGUUCUCGUCGAAAAGGGCAAGUACAGCUACGACGUCGAGACCCUCAUCAACAAGCUCUCCAGUCUUCCUCCCCGCGGCAGCAUCGCCCGAUGCCUCGACGCUUUCAAGAACAAGCUCUCCCUCUCCGACUUCUCCCUCGUCUUCAAGGAGUUCGCCUCCCGCGCCGACUGGCAGCGCUCCCUCCGCCUCUUCAAGUACAUGCAGCGCCAGCUCUGGUGCAAGCCCAACGAGCACAUUUACGCUCUCCUCAUCGGCAUUCUCGGCCGCGAAGGCCUUCUCGAGAAAGCCUCUGAGGUAUUCGACGAAAUGCCCCAGCACAACGUCGUCAGGACCGUUCUCUCCUACACCGCCAUCAUUAAUGCCUAUGGCCGAAACGGUCAGUACCAAACCUCUUUAAGUCUGCUGGACCAGAUGAAAAAGAGAGACCGAAUUCUUCCUAGCAUCCUCACUUACAAUACCGUUAUCAAUGCCUGCGCUCGCGGCGGCUACGAGUGGGAGGGGCUUCUGGGCUUGUUCGCCGAAAUGCGGCACGAAGGGAUUCAGCCGGAUUUAGUCACUUACAAUACUCUCCUGAGCGCCUGCGCCAGUAGGAAGCUGGGGGACGAGGCGGAGAUGGUGUUUAAGACCAUGAACGAAGGUGGGGUUUUACCCGAUAUAAAUACCUAUAGGUAUCUGGUCGAGACGUUUGGGAAGUUGGGGAGGCUAGACAAGGUUGGGGUGUUGUUGAGGGAAAUGGAGGAAGAGGGGAAUUUACCCGAGGUUACGAGUUAUAACGUGCUGUUGGAGGCUUAUGCGGAUUCAGGGUCCAUCAAAGAGGCCGUUGGGGUGUUUAGGCAAAUGCAGGCUGCAGGGUGCGUGCCCAAUGCCUCCACCUACAGCAUCUUGCUCAACUUGUACGGGGGUCAAGGGAGAUACGAUGAGGUUAGAGACCUAUUUCUUGAGAUGAAGGUGAGUAACAUACAUCCCGAUGCGGCCACAUAUAACAUACUUAUACAGGUUUUCGGGGAAGGAGGGUAUUUCAAGGAGGUUGUGACGUUGUUUCAUGAUAUGGCUGAGGAAAAUGUGGAGCCGAAUAUGGAGACCUGCGAGGGCUUGAUGUAUGCAUGUGGAAAGGGUGGGCUGCACGAGGAUGCAAAGAGAAUUCUUCUUCACAUGAAAGAGAAGGGGAUUGUGCCGAGUUCUAAGGCAUACACUGCAGUAAUUGAAGCUUAUGGUCAGGCUGCGUUGUAUGAGGAGGCUCUCGUUGCGUUCAACACGAUGAAUGAGGUGGGAAGCAAGCCAAUUGUUGAGACGUAUAAUUCAUUGAUUCAUGCAUUUGCUAAAGGAGGGCUGUACAAGGAGUUUGAAGCGAUUAUUAUGAGAAUGGGUGAGCUGGGUGUUCCGAGGAACAGGGAUUCGUUUAAUGGUGUUAUUGAAGGAUACAGGCAGGGAGGGCAGUUUGAAGAUGCUAUGAAGGCUUAUGUGGAAAUGGAAAAGGCAAGAUGUGAUCCUGAUGAGUGUACUCUUGAGGCAAUUUUGAGUGUUUACUGCUUUGCUGGUCUUGCAGACGAGAGUGAGCAGCAGUUUGAAGAAAUUAAGGAGUUGGGCAUACUGCCUAGUGUCAUGUGCUACUGUAUGAUGUUGGCAGUUCAUGGAAAAAAUGACAGGUUGGACAGAGCCUAUGACUUGCUGGAUGAGAUGUUGUCCACUAAAGCAUCCAAUAUCCACCAGGUCAUGGGGCAGAUGAUCAGAGGUGAUUUUGAUGAUGAAAUUAACUGGCAGAUGGUAGAGUAUGUGCUUGACAAACUUAACUCUGAAGGUUGUGGUCUAGGAAUGAGAUUCUACAAUACGCUUCUAGAAGCACUUUGGUGGCUUGGCCAGAAGGAAAGGGCUGCAAAAGUGCUAAAUGAAGCAACAAAGAGGGGACUCUUUCCUGAACUGUUUCGUAUUAAAAAAUUUGUCUGGUCCGUGGAUGUGCACAGGAUGUGGCCUGGUGGUGCAUGCACAGCAAUUUCUGUCUGGCUGAAGAAUAUGCAAGGUCGGGUAGAUGAUGGGGAGGAUCUUCCUCAACUGGCAUCCGUCGUUGUGGUACGGGGACAUAUGGAGAGGAGUUCCAUAACACGAGAUUUCCCUGUUGCAAAGGCUGCAUAUUCUUUGCUGAAAGAUAGUGUUUCAUCAUCUUUUUGUUUCCCGGGAUGGAACAAGGGACGAAUAGUUUGCCAAAAAUCUCAGCUAAAGCGGAUUCUCUCUAGCACUGAAUCAUCCUCCAAAGAACCUAACAGUGAUGCUGUGAUUAAUAUAAGUAACUCUCCUUUGCCCUUUGUGGAAACGGGAACUUCCAGGAGUGACGUCAAGAGAAGGCGACGCGAGAGUGGUGACAUUGAGACAGGCUUUAGAACAAGAAUUGAACUCACUACUAGCACAGCUUGAAGAGAGAAUUGCUUUCAGCUGCUUUAUUUGGGCAAGUGUUAGCCAGUGGAAGAGUUAAAUGGAUGAGGGCUCUGGACCAAGCUGCGCGCUUAAAACAUUGCAUCAUGUUGGAGACCAAGUUUCGAUCUUAGCUAGCAUAGACACACAUGCUGGAGCAGAUGUGACCUGAUUUUUGACUUUGGUGGUGCUAGCCUGCUUGGUUAGUUGAACCCUCAGCAGAUGACAUUGGAGCCAAAAUUUUUGUCCGUGGCUUCAAGUGGAGAGCAGGGCGGAACACACUUUGAUGUGUUGUGGGUGAAAGAUCUUAUUCCUGUAAUCAAUGACACUGACACCGAUUCAAAAUGCUCAAGUGACUUCCAUUUUGGA